AUGUUCUGUUUUUUUUUCUUUUUUUUUAUAAACGGUGUGCCUACUCGUCCCAGCUGCUACGUAUUAUCUAUAAACGUCACUGUUUAUCUCUGCGGAAUUUCUCUUUAUGUACCUUUAAACCAAAUAUUGUUUGUACAUAUCUAUCUACUCACUAGUAGAUGCGGAUGUGACUAUACAGCUCGUUCUAUCUAUCUAUCUAUCUAUCUAUCUAUCUAUCUGCUAGUCUGUUCAUAUCUAUCAAAUAUCUGCUCUAUCUAUCUAUCUAUCUAUCUAUCUAUCUGCUCUGUUCAUAUCUAUCAAAUAGUCUGCUCAUAUCUAUCUAUCUAUCUAUCUAUCUAUCUGCUAUCUGCUCAUAUCUAUCUAUCUAUCUAUCUAUCUAUCUAUCUAUCUAUCUAUCUAUCUAUCUAUCUGCUAGUCUGUUCAUAUCUAUCAAAUAGUCUGCUCAUAUCUAUCUAUCUAUCUAUCUAUCUAUCUAUCUAUCUAUCUAUGUUAAUCUAUUAA